AUGGCUUUGAAGGGGGCUGAGCUUGGAUUUAUUAAUCCUCUUGUUAAAGAUGGUAGGAAAGUAGCUCAACUCCAGCAGAAGGAGUUGGAUUCUAUGGCUGAUAAAUGGCAGGCUGCGAUAGUCAUGUAUGUGGUGGGGGAAUCCCCCACUAUUGCCUCUGUCAAGAGGUUUAUGGCUGCUGUGUGGAGCAAUGUGACACAACCACAGGUCUUCUACCAUGAUGAGGGUUACUUCAUCCUUAAGUUUGCUAAUGUAGAAGACAAAAACACUAUAGUUGCUGGUGGACCCUAUACCUUCUAUGGUAAACCUGUCAUUAUUAAGCCUUGGGUAGCAAAUUUCAAUUUCUAUGAAGAAGUUCUUAAGGUUAUUCCAAUGUGGGUGAAAUUUCCUAACCUUCCUCUCAACUGUUGGGGUAGUGAUUCUAUUAGCAGGAUCAGCAGCUUGCUAGGAGUUCCUUUAUUUGCAGAUGGGUGCACAACAAGGCAAGAAAGGGUUUCCUUUGCUAGGGUACUGAUUGAAAUGGAUGUCACUAAUCCAUUGCCUGAUCAUGUUUGGAUAGAGGAUACUACUGGGAAAGCUUUUAAGCAACCAGUGUCAUAUGAUUGGAAGCCACAAUUCUGUAAACCUUGCAAUGUAGUGGGUCAUGACUGUGAUAAAAUACAAAAGGCUAAGCCUGUUAAACCAGCUGUGAAGAAAGUUUGGGUGCCAAAGCAGAUGCAAUAG